ACGAGGCCGUUGAGGGGAGGAGCCAGCGAAUGGGGAGGUUCUAGUUUGGUCGGCCUCGCGGCAACCGCCCCCUUCUACGCGGUCUCGCCGAGCCAGCGCCUGGGCUUGGGAUCCGGUCGCAGCCUCCUGAGCAGCCACUGACCAUAGUCUGCCUACCAUGGAUCCCCGCAAAGUAAACGAGCUUCGGGCUUUCGUGAAAAUGUGUAAGCAAGAUCCGAGCGUCCUGCACACAGAGGAGAUGCGCUUCCUGAGGGAGUGGGUGGAGAGCAUGGGGGGUAAAGUACCACCUGCUACUCAUAAAGCUAAAUCAGAAGAAAAUAUCAAGGAAGAAAAAACAGAUAGUAAGAAGACGGAGGAAAACAUAAAGACAGAUGAGCCAUCAAGUGAGGAAAGUGAUCUAGAAAUCGACAAUGAAGGUGUAAUUGAACCAGACACUGAUACCCCUCAAGAAAUGGGAGAUGAAAAUGUAGAGAUAACUGAGGAGAUGAUGGAUCAAGCAAAUGAAAAGAAAGGGGCUGCCAUUGAUGCUCUAAAUGAUGGUGAACUACAGAAAGCCAUUGACUUGUUCACAGAUGCCAUUAAACUGAAUCCUCGCCUGGCCAUUCUGUAUGCCAAGAGAGCCAGUGUCUUCAUCAAAUUGCAGAAGCCAAAUGCUGCCAUUCGAGAUUGUGACAGAGCCAUUGAAAUAAAUCCUGAUUCAGCCCAGCCGUACAAAUGGCGAGGGAAAGCACACAGACUUCUGGGGCAUUGGGAAGAAGCAGCCCAUGAUCUUGCCCUUGCCUGUAAACUGGAUUAUGAUGAAGAUGCGAGUGCAAUGCUGAAAGAAGUUCAGCCAAGGGCCCAGAAAAUUGCUGAACAUCGGAGAAAGUACGAACGAAAACGUGAAGAACGAGAGAUCAAAGAAAGAAUAGAAAGGGUUAAGAAGGCUCGAGAAGAGCAUGAAAGAGCCCAGAGGGAGGAAGAAGCCAGACGACAGGCAGGGGCUCAGUAUGGCUCUUUUCCAGGUGGCUUUCCUGGGGGGAUGCCUGGUAAUUUUCCAGGAGGGAUGCCUGGAAUGGGAGCUGGCAUGGCAGGAAUGCCAGGGCUCAAUGAGAUUCUUAGUGAUCCAGAGGUUCUUGCAGCCAUGCAGGAUCCAGAAGUUAUGGUGGCCUUCCAGGAUGUGGCUCAGAAUCCUGCAAAUAUGUCAAAAUAUCAGAGUAAUCCAAAGGUUAUGAAUCUCAUCAGUAAAUUGUCAGCCAAAUUCGGAGGUCAAGCGUAAUGCUCAUCUGACAAAGUCCUUUCUGAAAGAAAAACAACCUAGAUCACUUAAUGGAUGUCGCAAUAAUACAAACCAGUGUACCUCUGACCUUCUCAUCAGGAGAGCUGGGGUGCUUUGAAGAUAAUCCCUGCCCCUCUGCACCAAAUGCAGCUGAAGCGUUUUACAAUGGUUUGCCAUUAGGGUAUUCAUGCAGAUAAUGUUUUCCUACUAGGAAUUACAAAGCUUAAACACUUUUUAAAUCUUAAAAAUAAUUUAAAGCAAAUUCAAAGGGUUUAUUCUUACAUUUUUCUUUGUUAAUCAUUUUAGAUUUUUCCUUGAAAUUAUUGGGCAAGGAAGAUACUUAAAUAUGGGAGAUCUAUGGAUCUAGUGUGAGUGAAACAAAGUUUUUGGUGGGAAGCAAAUCUCAUUUAAGUAGAUAAAGUUUGAGUUGGUUGUAUGGUUACUAAGGCAUUUUGAUUUGUCUUUUUAAAGGUUUUUCUUUUUUUAUUUCGAAGAUGAUUUAUUUCAGUAUAACUAUUGGGACCACCAGUAUUUGAAUAUGACGUGGAUAGGGACUGGAAGUACUGGUAGGGCAGCAGCAGUCUUACACAAUAUUUUAUAUAGUAUAUACCCUUGUACAGUUUGCAUUUAAAUCUUACACUGUGCUAAUAAGGUGAUUUUUUUUUUCUUCAGCCACAGAGGAAGUUGGGUUAUUUAGCUCUAUUCUUAUCCAAAAUAUCAAAUAAAUAUUUCAUAUUAUUUCCACUUGGGGACAUAUGGGAGUAUGUUUCUUUUUAUAUAUCUGUUUAAAAAUAUCUUUCAUCAUCAGAAAAUGACCAAUUCUAUUUGCUUUCUGCUUGUAUUUUCCCCUCUAAUCUUGAGCUAAAGUUUAUCUUUUUUUCACUAGAGUCAUCACUGUUAUCAUCAUUCCCAGUAUAAUUGUGCAAGCAUAUUUAAUGUUGGGUUUAAUUUAAUAUGUAGUACAUGUCAGGUAAUACCCAUAAUAGGUGUAGUUUCUUGGCCAUGGAAUUGCUUGUUUAAGUGUCAUACUUCAGUCUGGAAAAAUCUUGUUAAAUCAAGACAUUGGAAGGAGAAAUUCCCUUUGGUGUUUCUCUUAGGAAAUACAUAUUGUAGUUAUAGUUUAUCCUGUAGUAUUCAUCUUUGUAUUUGAAGAGCGUAUGAUUUGAAUUAAUUAAUACACAUAUAGGGAGUAACUGCUUGAUGCAAUAUAAAUUAUAAAAGAGAUGAAAGCCACAGUUAUUUGCUUUGGAGUUGUUGGCACUAUGAAGAUUCCGUAUCCUAUUCAGCUCUUCCUUAAAUACUGCAAACUGUACACUCGCAUCUGCUCUCUCCUCUUUCACCUGCAAGAGUAAAAUGAUAAAUUUCAUAACGUACAUUUCCAAAUUACUACGUAUUUGGAAUCAUGUUUAUUCGGGUUCUAACCCUUUGCUGUACACAAGGAGGAAAAAUUCAUUUGUUACAUCAAUGAGGAAGAGCUGUGUGCUAAUGGAGCAUGCUUUCACAAUCUUUAGAAACACCCACCAUAUAUAUACUUGGAGUUGAGCUUGCCAGUGUUUUUUUUGUUCAUGUGUGUUCUGCUUUCUUAAAAUCUUCAGUGUGUGCUGUGCUUAACUCAAGACCACUUUGUUCUUGGACUUUACUAUAUAUGACCUAACUAUAUUCUGAUACUGCAAAUACCACCAUAAAUGGGUAAAUGUAAAAUUGCUCUUCUGAAAAUGUGUCCUGUGCUUCUUGACUUCAAAUUCCUCAGAUAUAAAAUACAGUCUUUAGAAAGAUUCAGUAUCAUUUCUAAAACAAUGUUGUUUUUGUGCUCAUGAUGCUAUAAGGAGGAAAACAAACAGGAGUUUUCUGCUUAAAAAUAUAGUUACUGGAUAUUUCUAGCUACAUUAAGAAUAAAACAUGGUUUAAAACUG